AUGGAAUAUAUUAACGGGUACAUUAUCGAUGAUGAUGACAUAGCGUUUGAGUAUGAGUUACAAAGUACUCCCCAAAAUAUGCUGACUUGGAAAAGGUAUAUUGAAACAUGGAAGAACCAGGUUAAGGGAGAUAAGAGAUCGGUGCGCCAUGUUUUUUGGUUAUAUGAGAGGUUUUGCAAUCAAUUUCAUCAGGAUCCUGAAGUUUGGCAAGAGUAUAUUCAAUGGGUAAUUGAUACGGGAAAAAUGCAUUAUUUGAAAAUUGAUGCUAUGUAUCGCAGAGCUUUUGAAAGUUGCAAAAGGAACUGUGACACUUUAUGUCUACAGUAUAUGAAGUUUGCUACGGGGCAAUUUGACUUGACUCUCAUACGAAAGGCCCUGGUAACAUCAUUACAAAAAAUAGCGAAAGAAAAUCAGUUCAAAAUAUGGUAUUCUGUACUAGAAUUUGUCAACAAAUGUCUCCUUCCAUUAAUGGAGGAAACAUUGGUGGACGAUGAAGAAGAUCAGUGCGAGCAAUUCCGAGUGCUCCUUCGCCACUCUCUUUCUGAUGACAAAGAUAGCAAUAAAAAUAUAGUAAAAAAUGCAUGGCUUUCGCAACUAUAUGAAAGGUAUCUAACUGUCUGCCCACCUGAAAAAUUAAGUGGCGUACUAAUGCACUUAGGUAGGACAAACAACUAUGAGAUAAUCAAACAACUUUAUGAUAAGUUUCUUUUCAAAAGUAACGAAGGAAAUGACAUUAGACCUUCAGAAACAACACCCUUUUCCUUGUGUCUUCUUUAUUUAAAUGCCUUAGAGGGUAUGAAAUUGGAAUUACAAUACGAAAUAUUUUUCGAGGAGGUGUUGAAACUUCAUAAUAGAGCCUUAGUACAAUUAUUGAUUGUUUUAGUGAAACAUUAUAUCAAAUCCUCUCAAAUUAAUAAAAUUGAGCCCUUAUUAAAUAACAUUAUUUCAUCAACAACAUUAUUUCAUGAAUUUGCAUCCAUUUAUAAUAUCUGCAUUGAUUUUGAAGAGGCUACGUUAGCUACUAUAAUGGAUAUCUAUGAGGACAAUCCAUCUAAGGAUAUUCCUGAUCUAGAGUCUGAAAUACAGAAGCAUAUGAAUACUCUUACAGUUUUAUCUAGUUCAUACGAAAUGAAACUCAAUGAUUUCUAUUUGAGAAAGAACGUGAAUAAUGUUCAAUACUGGCUAGAGAGGAUUGAGUUACAAGACAGUCUUGAAGCCAAACUUGAAGUUUUCCAAGAUGCUAUACUAAGAGUCGAUCCCGUUAAAGUGACAGUACCAAAGGUUUUUGGAAAACUUUGGUGCUCUUACGCAGAAAUUUACUGGGAUAGUAAGUACUACGACACUAGUAGGGAAAUUUAUGAAAUGGCAUUAAAAGUCCCUUUUCCCUUUAUUGAAGAUCUGGAGCUUAUAUGGGCUACUUGGACGAGAAAUGAAUUACGCAUAUUUGGAAUUGAAAGAGCCAUCUUUUUACUCAGGACAGCCUUGAAGUUACCCAAAUCUCCAGAAAAUUUGAUUGAAAAAUUCAAAAAAGGAAAAGGUAAGGUUCCCUCCCAGACGGUGAUCUUUAAUUCUUUACAGUUGUGGACAUUAUUUAUCGAUCUUGCAGAAGUACAAUGCUCUACUAUUUCUUUCGCAGACGAAAAACUGGUUGCUGAACUUAUCAACACUUACGAGAAGGCAAUUGCAUUGAAAAUAGUAACUCCAAUUAUGUUUGUCCAAUAUGCACAAUUGUUGCAAAAAGUCGGUAAAAUAAGGGAAAGUUUCCAGAUAUAUGAGCGUGCAAUCUCUAGCUUCCCAAGUGUUGUCCAGUAUGAACUUUGGACGCUGUAUCUACAGCAAGCUUGUAUAACGGAAAACGAUCUGUCUAAGGAACAUAUACGGGACUUGUUUGAUCAAGCGACUGCAUUAACUGAGGACGAAAUAGACUGCAGGCCAAUUUUUAUACUUUAUAACGAAUUCGAAGAAAGAAAUGAGGGAGUUACCAAGAGAAGUCUUGACAUUCUCUUGGAAGGUGCACGCAAGAUAAGUGACAAAUUUGUUAAAAGUAAGAUUCAAAUGUGGGAUCUCUGUAUCAUGAAGGCAACAUCAUCUUCGAGAACGGAACUACUUCGAGCUAUAUAUGCCGAGUGCAUACAAGUGUUGCCGAGAAGAGAGGUAUCCAGAUACGUGAUUGAUUUCGCCCAAUUCGAAGUAUCUUUGGGGGAAACUACGCGUCCUAGGGAAAUUUUGACAUAUGGUGCUUCUUUAGUAGCACCUGCUCUUAACAAAGAACUAUGGGACUACAGGGAGCAAUUUGAACUACAAUUUGGUGAUAAAGAAAAAUACAAGAAUAUGCUAGUUCUCAAACAGAGGCUUGAGGUUUCGAUGAAGAUUGAUACUGAGGAAGCUACCAAACAAAAGGGUAACAUUGAGUUUGUAAUGUCCAAGAAACAAAUUCAACACUCAUCAAAUCCUGAAGAAAUUGAACUUGACAUAUAA